GUGACUUUAUUUGAUAGAGGUUAGGUUUGUUACACGUGUGAUUCCGAAUUUCAUUAUAAACAAGUUCUAAAUCCAUUUUCCUAUAUUUUUAUUACUAGUAUCUAAAGUCACCCUGCCUAUUGUAUAUUUUAAAUGAUAAUAAGUUUACUACUGCACAACGGAAUAAUAUUAUCUGAAUAUUAUCAAUGUAAUUAACUCAUAUAUAGAAUAUCUGAUAGUUGUAAUUGAUUGUACCUGUACAAAUGAGUAAACGAAAAUUGGAAGAAAAAAGUGAUGAUUCUACUAUGGAGGUAGUAGAAACCAAACGAGUCUUAUCACGCUUUAAAUCUGAUACUGGUGAAGUAUUACCAGGUGGUUUGUUGGAUUUACCUACGAAUGUUACUGUUGACAAGUUACAAGCUAUUUGUAAUGCACUUUUACAAAAUGACGAACCAGUACCCUUUGCAUUUUAUGUAAAUGAUGUCGAGGUUACAGACAGUUUGGAUAAAAAUAUUGGUGAUAGCUUUUGUACUAGUGAAAAUGUAAUUGAAAUUGUAUAUCAACCGUUAGCAAUUUUUAAAGUUAGAGCAGUUACUCGAUGUACUGGAUCCUUGGAAGGUCAUAAAGAAGCUGUAGUAUCAGUUGCAUUUUCGCCAGAUGGAACAUGUUUAGCUAGUGGUUCUGGAGACACGACAGUUAGAUUUUGGGAUAUUUAUACACAAACACCACAUUUUACAUGCGAAGGUCACAAACAUUGGGUUUUAUGCAUAUCGUGGUCUCCAUGUGGAAGCAAGCUUGCAUCUGCAUGUAAAAAUGGAACAAUUCUAUUAUGGAAUCAUAAAACAGGCAAACAAAUAGGAAAAGCUAUGUCAGGACAUAAAAUGUGGGUGACCUCCUUAUCCUGGGAACCAUAUCACAAAAAUCCAGAAUGUCAAUAUUUAGUUAGUGCUUCCAAAGAUUCUGAUAUAAGAGUAUGGGACACAAAACAUUCGAAAACUAUUCGCGUUUUAUCAGGUCAUACAAAAAGCGUAACAUGCGUUAAAUGGGGAGGAAAUGGUCUUAUCUAUUCAGCAUCUCAGGAUAGGACUAUCAAAGUGUGGAGAGCUGAGGAUGGAAUCUUAUGUAGGACCUUGGAUGGACAUGCACAUUGGGUGAACACAUUAGCAUUAAACGUGGACUACAUACUUAGGACUGGUCCUUUCCAACUUGAAAAAAAUGCAAGUGAAACUGAAAAUCUGUUAGAAUGUGCAAAAAUGAGGUAUGAAUCUGUUGGUGAGGAAAUACUCGUUUCUGGUUCCGAUGAUUUUACAUUAUUCCUUUGGAAACCAGGAAAGGAAAAAAGGCCAAUUGCGAGAAUGACUGGUCAUCAACAACUAAUUAAUGACGUUAAAUUCUCACCCGAUGGGCGCAUGAUUGCAUCGGCUUCGUUUGACAAGUCCAUCAAACUGUGGGAGUCGAAUACAGGAAAAUACAUAGCUUCUUUAAGAGGUCAUGUACAAGCUGUAUAUUCAAUUUCAUGGAGUGCUGAUUCUCGCCUACUUGUUAGUGGCAGUGCAGAUUCCACUUUGAAAGUAUGGAGUAUAAAGACAAAAAAGCUUUGUCAGGAUUUACCUGGCCAUGCAGAUGAAGUUUAUGCUGUCGAUUGGGCUCCAGAUGGGUUACGUGUCGCAUCUGGCGGAAAAGACAAAGUUUUGCGACUUUGGCAAAAUUGAAAAAUGUAUGGAACAAUAAAUAUUUUUACAAUGCAA